AUGAAAAACACUCACGAGGUGGUGGUGGUGGUGCAGGUGGGUGAUGGCCGAGAAGGGCAUCAAGGAGGCCGGCGACCUGGGCGCCCUGGAGAAGUCGUACCUGGGGGCUUCCAGCCCCUCUCCGAGAACCUCCUGUCCUGCGCCCACCCCGGGCUCUACUCCCUCCCCGGCACCUGGAUUCAACACUUGUUGAAGGUGAUUGAGAACGACGACUUCAAGUCGAUCACGAGGCGCAGCGCGGGUCUGCCCUACUGCUUCUGCGCCAUCCUGCGGGCCGAGACGAUCGUUCUCGGCCGCCGGCGGGGCGGCGUGAAGGUCCUCAUCGCCCAGGCCAUGCAGGCCCUGCUCCGCAUCGCCUCCGGCGGCGACACCCGACAGCUCGAGACCCAAGACGCGAAAUCGGAGGGCGUGGAGUCGGUCAUCGGCGAGCAGGCCCAUCAGGUCCACGCGCUGAACACCAACAAGGCCAACAAGAAGGUGAAGCCCGGCGAGGGCAGCCGGCCUCAGCUUUCGCCCGAGGCCUUCAUCCCACUGUGCAGCGCCAACUCCAACUUCAAGGUGCGCGAGAUGGCGGCCCGGGCGCUGGUGCCUCUCGUCCCUCCCGAGCACGUCGCCGCCUUCAUCGCCUCCCUCUUCGCCUCCCAUCCCCGACCACGCCGGGCGAGCCAAGUGAAGGGACUGGAGCUGAUCUCGAUUUUCUGCGGUCUGUUCAACCCUUCGCGCGCGCUCGGCCCCCUACCUGCUCGACUUCCUGCACCUGCACACCAAGCUCACGCCGGACGACUGCAAGAACGAGAAGCCUCGGGCGUGGGCCGGCUCGAUCGUCUGCGAGCCGCCGGCGCGCGCCACUUUGCGCCCUCGCAGGUCGAGUUCGCGGCCAUUCGGGUAACGCUCCACACCGCAGACGGCGACGCUCGAACCACUGAACUGAGCUGA